GACAGGGCUACAGAGUCCUGUCACACACACACCAAGGAGAAAACGUUUCGCUUUAAACUAUAAAUUAAUGUUUACGUGUGCGCUUGUAUUUGUAUACUUGUAUACAGCGUUUGUAUUUGACACAGUGCUCAUGUUUUAGUUGUUUUAUUGAGUUGUUAUCAAGAGAAAAACACUGAUUAAAGUGUUGGACUAACCUGCUUUUCUAAUAGCCUACAUUAGCUGCAGCUGUAACGAUUCAUUGUAAAGGCGAACAGUGUGAUCAGGAGGUGUCAGAGCCAUUUGGAGAGACCAUGCACAACAGGGCACGUUAUCUCAUCUUUUUUCAAUACAUAGGAACAAAAUACAGUGGUGCAGUGAAGGUGCCCCAGCCAAGAAGCACAGGUGUCCAGGAACACUUGGAGGAUGCUAUAAGGAUGCUGAGGCCGCUCAACCCAGUGUCCCUGUCGAUCUCCAGCAGGACAGACAGUGGUGUCCACGCCCUUUCUAACUCCGCCCACUUUGACCUCCAACGCAAGAACGAUAAGCCACCAUUCCCUGAAGACCGUCUGGUUGAUUAUCUUAAUUACCAUCUCAAAGAGGAGCCAAUCAGGAUCACCCAUGCCCACCGCGUGCCUGAUAACUUCCAUGCCCGUUAUCGUGCCCAGUCUCGGACUUACGUCUACCGCAUCGCCCUGGGAAUCACCCACAGCUCUCCACUUCCCCUCACAGAAUACGGUCUGUGCUGGAAGCUCAGCAACACGGAGCUGGAUGUGGGAGCCAUGCAGGAGGCGAUCGCCUUGCUGGUCGGGACUCAGGACUUCAGCACCUUCAGGGCCGUCAACAAUGACAUGCCUUUCGUAAAUCCUGUGAAGACGCUGACUGUGGCCAGCAUACAGCCAGGAGGCUCCUUCGCACAGGCACACUACCACAGAGAGAUACCAUUCUGGGAGCUGACAUUUAAAGGCAGAUCUUUUCUCUAUAAGCAGGUGCGAAGGAUGACGGGGGCCGUGGUGGCUGUGGGCCAGGGGAAGCUCUCAGUUCCCCAGCUAAAGGAGUUACUGGAGGCUCGGGACACUCUUGCCUACCCAAAAAACAUGGCUGCUCCGGCCCAUGGCCUCUUCCUCACCAGGGUGGAAUACAAAGAGACAGACAUGCAGCUUACGAAACAAACCUCAGACGAGCCAUCGUCCUCAAGUGCAAACUCAGAAGAUUAAUUGUGUCAUUCAGUCAUGUUGAUAAACUGUAUUUCCAUACUUCUAUUUGCAAUGGUUGUAAUAAAGUUUUGUAUUUAAGUGUA